AUGGCGUAUGUGACGUUGUACGGUAAAAUCGACAUGCUGUCCGUUCUGUUCCUGGUGUGGACGUCGUCAUUGUCGGUUGUUGAAGCAUGUCCGAGUCAGUGUGCGUGUGCCGACACCACUGUCAACUGCACCAACCUGCAGCUCCUCACCCUCCCCGCAAACAUCCCCACAGACACCGCCGUACUGGACCUGAGCUACAAUAACAUCUCCGCCCUCCCCCCUGACGCCUUCGCCACUCUUCUCAGUCUCACUGUUCUCGACCUUCAACAUAACAACGUCAGUACCGUGAACGAGACGGCGUUUUACCGCGCGAACGUCUUCACCCUGUCGGGUCUCCACACCGUGGACCUGUCCUAUAACGUGUUAACCUCCGUCCCCGCCGUGCUGCAGGACGGGAGCCUACCGGGGCUGCUCAACAUCAACCUACAGCACAACAAGAUCACCAACAUACUAGCAAAUGCAUUCUUCGGAGUAAUCAACAACGGUCUCCUCUCACUGGACCUGUCCAACAACCUCAUCGAAGAGGUCCACCUAGAGGCCUUCCGAGGAACUGCACCCGUGAUCAACGGAACCUUGGAUAUGAGCUUCAACAGGAUUAGAACAUUUCCUGUUUUGUCGACACUGAACAGCGUUAUUACUGUGAACUUGGAAGGUAACCAGAUCACCGAAGUUCCCGAGCACGCGUUACCCAACUACGAGGCCUUCCCCUUCUCCGUGUCGUAUGUUUACCUGCAGAACAACUCCAUCCGACUGGUACACAACAACUCCUUCCACCCCGACAUGAAAGUGCUCUACCUGCACAACAAUGAGUUGAGAGACUUCCCUGGUUUCGAACUGUGGAGGUUAACCGAACUUGAAAACCUGACCUUGAACGACAACCCGUGGGGCUGCUGUGACGACCUUCUCGAGUUUGUGCUGUAUCUACAGAACAACACACAUAGAUUGGCAUUUGUGAACGACACGGGGUUCCCCGGUGUGGAGUGUAUGGACCCGCUGGACCUGAGAGGGACAGACAUCCUCUCCAUGAACAUCAGCCAUCUGGCCGAGGACGCCUUAUGUCCCAUCAGCACGGCAGUUACGUUUGGAUGCGAUCCUGUCAUGGCGGUCGUCUGCAUCAUUCUUGCAAUCCUGAAGGUUACAGAGAAAUGAUUCCCGUCAAUGUACAUAGAUAGAAUAGCUGUCUUUACCUCAGUGUUAACUGCCUCUUGCUGUUAUUACAUUCAACGCACGAUACUUAAAACGAGUACUGUUGCCACCAUCAUGCCACCCCUCAAGAUAUACCUGUUGUGUUUUCCAUAUGGAAAUCCCAAACUUUGACAAAACCUGUACUUGUUAAAAUA